AUCGGCAUCCACUGUCCGGAAAAAUAAAAUUCCAAAUUUGAGUUACAGAGCUAAUUCAACAAAACCCUAGCUAGCCCAAAAGUCACCAGCAUGAACCAGAAGAUGAAGACUAACAAUGAGAAGAAGAAAAACAUGGAGUUCGAAUUCUGCAAAGCAUGUAAUUUGAAUCACGAUCAAGGCCAAAACCACAAGUACUUUCCAAACCACAAAAAAUCACUCUCUAAUUUCCUCUCUCGUUUCCAAACCAAACUCGCCGACAUUCGCUUCUUUCUCAAAAACCCUACCAUUCUUCGCCCUGACCUCGCCUCUCGCAAUCGCAUCUGGUGCGUCUUCUGCGAUUUCGAUAUCCACGAAACUGGCAACUCCUUCGCAUGUGCUAAGGCGAUUAGUCACUUGGCGAGUGAGGAACAUUUGAAGAAAUUGAAGCACUUUAUGUGGAAAUACGGUGGUGGAAUGGAUCGUGUCGAUACUUUUCGGAUUUCGGAAGCUGAUGUAGCUAAGUGGGAGAAGAAGUGUGAAGCUUUGAGGAAUGAUGCGUCAUCAUAUAGUGAUGGAUCACGAGGGAUGCAAAUCAGACCUUCAAAUGAUAUCCGCGAUGAACUCAGCCAUGAAAAUAUAAAUAGCUUUGAGAAUAAUAGUUUGGAUAAUGUUAAUUUGAAUAUUUCAAAUGGUGUUAUGCCUUUACAGUAUUAUACGAAUGAGUAUCAGAUAUCCAAUUCAGGAUUCUCUGCAGCUAGGAAUGUUGGACCAUCCAUGUAUGGGGCUGUAUCCACUUUGCCUGUCGGCGCAAGUUCUGCUACAAGUUUAUGCAAUUCAAACGAUACAACGGGUAAUUGGAAUAGCCAACAUUCUGUCCCUUAUAACAGUAUAAACUGUGCAUCUAAUCCUGUAAAUGGAGAGCUGUGCCAGGUUUAUCAGGAUGAGAGAAUUGGACAUGGAGUGAGCAGUGUACAGGAUUUGCAGAAUAUCCCUCAAGUUCCUGCUAUUGCUCCACAAUUGGCUGGAGGCACUCAAGUGCCUGCCUUGACCCCACAAAUGGCUGGAGGAAAUGUGCAUACUGGAGCUCCUCCACCGUGGUUUGAAGGAACUGAUACAAAUCAACUAAAUUUUCAACUAACACUUUCUAAUAAAUCUAUGUCGAUUUCAAAUAAAUCUGGGAAAUCACAUAAAUUGAACCCAAAAAGGGUAGGAGCUGCUUGGGCAGAAAGGAGAAAGAUUGAGAUGGAGAUGGAGAAGAGAGGAGAGGCUGUCAAGAGUGAUUACAAUGCUAACUGGCUUCCUGAUUUUGGUAGAGUUUGGCAGUCUGGGAGCCGAAAGGAGUCUAGAAAAGAAUUUGAGAAGGAGAAACAAAAAUUAUCCAGUGUUGAGAUUGAUACUGAGAUGCCAAUUAUGAUACAGCCAUAUAUCAGCAAACGGAUGAGGAAGGAUGCAGGUAAAUGAUGGCUGCUGUAGGAUCAUCACAAGCUAAAAAUGCUUCUGGUGACGAUCAUGAUGGGAGGGUACUACCUGUUCCCACCUCAACAUCAGAUUUUGGACCUGAAUGUAUAUAUUUUUGCCAAAACAAGGAAUCAUUACAAACUUGAGCCCAGAAAUGGUAAAUCACCUGCUGGGUCCGUCUUGUAAUCAUGGUAAUGUUAGAUGUUGGGGUUGUUGAUGCCCUUUUAUUAUACCUUAAAUUACAUUUAGCAGAUAUCUCAUAUUAGACAUCAGAUUCAUUUUUUGUUCAUGUCAACUUUUAAUGUUCACCCAUACGUUAAAUUACAUUUUGCGGAGCUUUCAUGUUAGACAUCAGAUUCUUUUUUGUUCAUGUCAUUUUUUACUGUUCACCCUUGGAGGUAGUUUAGUUGGUGUUCUAUCUACUGCUUUCAACCUUGCCACUACUUCCCUGUGUUCAGAUAUCAAAAAAGCAAACUAUGGAACCCAAAACAUCAUGUAUUUGUUUUUUUUUUUUUAAAUAUGGCUAUUAGGUCACUUAAUCUUCUAAUAAGAGAGCUCUUUUCUUUAAUUAUGUAGAAACAGCUGUGGACAAUGAGUCACGCAGCAAAACAUAGUUCUUUUCCAACAGUGGUUUCAUUGGGAAAAAUCCAUGAACAGUAUUCAAUUCUUGGCAAUCCUACCUUAAACAUGAAUCAACUUUAAAACAAUGAAGUUUGUUUAUGAUUGGCUGAAAAUAUUUUCCAUGUUUGAUGGAAAAGUGCUUGUAUGUACUCUCUUUGUACUUUGAAUUUGCUUCUCUACAAGAAGUUAGUGACUUGAUGGUGUUUAGAUGUUAGGCCUUUGAUUGGCAUGGCCUUUUUUUUAUAUAGAUAAAAGAUGUCAUGACAUCUGAAACAAGCUUAGCUAUGUGCAUGGAAAGAAUGAUCAUGAACUGUACAGACUAGACUUCUUCACUGUGCGAAUCAAAACCAUCACUCUAUAGCAACUGUUUGGUCUGAGCAGAAUCCUGAAGAAUUUGAUUUACCUGGGAUCCUAGAACUCCAAUUUUCCUCUUUAAAGAAUCAAGUUCACAUCAGACAGAAAUUCCCAGGAAAACCACUUCUCAAUUGUCCUAUCAACAUCAUGUACCGUUACAUCUGUUGCAUUCCCAGCUCUUGCUAUCAUACUAGCUGUGUAGAUUGCCCCCAUUCUGCCUGUUGCCUCUGGUGAGUGACCACUUGGUCCAUCCACCACCACCACAUUCCAUUUAAGCUCAUAAACUUCCUGGGGCAAGUUUUUCUAUGCAAGUUUGCUCGAUGAAUUCUGGAGCAUUUCUGUGCGUACAAGCUGGGCUUUUCCUUGCACAUUCAAGCAGCUUGGAGGCCUUCUUUGCAGGUGUCUGGUAGUCAACCUUGUAGAUUUGAGUGGUGUUGGAUUUUUCUCUGGCUGCAUUUAUUUUGUCAGGAUCAUCCUUUCUAGAAAGAUUGUGAUGCCACCUGAUCUGAUGGACAGUUUCAUGUACUGGGGCUGUGUUCCAAAAAUAAGGAGGUUGCAGGGGGCUUUACAUUUAAUGAGAUCAGAUAAAAGUUUACGUUCCUUUUUUUUGUGAGAGUAGGUGCAAUGGCAGAGAUAUUCUGUUCUGCUGUUUUACUGCUAGGUGUGUGAGAUGCAACCUUGUCACGGGCGAAGGAGUAGAACACACGAGUUGUAGAGGAGGCAAAGCAGGCAAUGGAGGGGCAGAAGAUGAGUAGUGAUUGCAAUCCUAAUAAGUCAGAGGAUGGAGAUGCUUGAUAAAAUGAAGAAAACAGCAGGUGAGCUUGGAGGUGAAGACUUCACAAGAGUAGUAGCAAGAGAACACAGUGAUGCGGUACUUUUCUGGGGGCAUUUUUUUCCCUCUCCUAGUCCUUUCCUCGAAACUCCUGCUACAAUCACAUCUCCUAGCAAGGUAUCGAACUGCUGGUGGGUUCAUUUUUUAUUUUUAUCAAGUUUGCUAUCGUAUUACUCCUUUAAAAUUUGAGUGAGGCAGGAGAAAAGGGUCUUUUGCUUCUGUUUCAAGUGUUACAUUUUCUCUAAUCGAGCUGUCAGCUUGUCACCUAAUUGCUAUGGUUAAGCGAUGGAAUUUACAAAUCAAAGCUGCCCAUAUGUAUAACUUGUGAAAAGAAUAAUGAGGGGUUGGUAUUCAAUCAUUUUUUUGGGGGAUGUUGACUUGGGUCUUUAAAGUUGUAGGAUGCUGGUUCAAAGACUCAUCUUUGUCACUUUUCUCUAUUUGGGUUCGUUUGGUGCUUCAUACGAGUGAGAUUGAAGGAGGCAAAGGUGUAGUUACUAAUUUGUUGGAGGGUCUUUUUCAAUCAAUUUUGACUUUGUGGGAUGCACCAAUGAUUUUAUAUAUAGUAGGUUGUUCAUUCA